UGCCCUCGCGCAACUGUCAGGCAAAACCGGCCGGCGCAUAUUGGCUCCGCGACGCGCCGAGGCUCCUCCCCGAGUCUGGAUCUUUAUAUUUUGGGAGAAUUUCUUUGAACUCAGUUACCAAGCUCCGCGAAGGAGACAAGUUCCCACAGCCGGCUCGCGGGCGGAGGCGAGGCGAGGGCUCGCCCACCGGCUCUGCGGCCGCCGUGCGCCCCGAUUGUACCCCCCUUUUCCCUCGUGGAGGAAAACGGACGGACGUGGCUGAGGAAGAUGCCAAUUAUCUGGAUGUGACCGUGAAAAGAGAACGUGGGACUGAGGAGGCUGACGAGGAUGAGGAAAGGCAUUAUUUGAAGGGAAGAAUAAACCAGCUACUCCAAGCCUUCCUGCAAAUUGGUGCUUUUACUUCUGGGGCCCAUUUGCUUAUACCCUCCCCUCCCACCCCCACCCCCCAUUAAGAAAUCUUGACUGGAGGGCCAGGAGCCAACUGGGGACCCUUCUGGCUUGGACGACCUUUUGGAUGUAGCACUGGUGGAACAUUUAGACACUCUCCUCGGAAAAGCCACCAUGAAUUCGGUAGCUGGGAAUAAAGAGAGGCUGGCCGUCUCCACCAGGGGCAAGAAAUACGGGGUGAAUGAAGUCUGCUCGCCCCCCAAGCCCGAAGCCCCCUACUCCCCCGAGAGCUGGUACCGGAAGGCGUACGAGGAGUCGCGCGCCGGGAGCCGGCCCACCCCCGAAGGCGCGGGCUCGGCGCUCGGCUCCUCGGGCACCCCGUCCCCCGGCUCGGGCACCUCGUCCCCCAGCUCCUUCACGGGCUCCCCGGGGCCCGCCUCCCCGGGCAUUGGCACCAGCUCGCCGGGUUCCCUGGGCGGCUCGCCAGGCUUCGGCACGGGCUCCCCCGGCUCGGGCAGCGGCGGCGGCUCCUCCCCCGGCUCGGACCGCGGCGUCUGGUGCGAGAACUGCAACGCCCGCCUGGUGGAGCUGAAGAGGCAGGCGCUGAAGCUGCUGCUCCCGGGGCCCUUCCCGGGCAAGGACCCUGCUUUCUCAGCUGUGAUUCAUGACAAACUCCAGGUGCCCAAUACCAUCCGGAAGGCAUGGAAUGACAGGGACAACCGCUGUGACAUUUGUGCCACUCACCUGAACCAGCUGAAGCAGGAGGCCAUCCAGAUGGUGCUGACCUUGGAACAGGCAGCUGGCAGCGAGCACUAUGAUGGCUCACCUGGCUCACCUCCACCCCUCGCCAAUAUUCCUACUCUGGUGGGGUCCCGGCAUGUAGGUGGGCUCCAGCAGCCCAGGGACUGGGCCUUUGUGCCCUCCUCCUAUGCAACCUCUGCCUACACAGGCUUCGUCACCAGCAAGCAUAGCAGCAAACCCAACAGCCUUGGCGUCAGCAAUGGGGCGGAGAAGAAGAGUGUGUCCCCAACCCACCAGGCCAAGGUCAGCCUCCAGAUGGCCACCAGUCCCAGCAAUGGGAAUAUCCUCAACUCAGUAGCCAUUCAGGCUCACCAAUACCUGGAUGGUACCUGGUCCCUGUCCAGAACCAAUGGGGUCACCCUGUACCCUUAUCAGAUCUCCCAGCUGAUGACUGAGACUGGCCGCGAGGGCCUGACAGAAGCAGCGCUGAAUCGCUACAAUGCGGACAAGCCUGCCGCCUGCAGCGUCCCAGCCGCCACCUCGCAGGGCUCCUGUGUGGCCAGCGAGACUUCCACAGGCACCUCGGUGGCCGCGUCCUUCUUUGCAAGAGCUGCUCAGAAGUUAAAUCUAUCUUCUAAAAAGAAGAAGCAUCGACCAUCUACUUCCUCGGUUGCCGAGCAACCCCUGUUUGGCACCAGCUUCAGUGGCAUCCUGCAAACCUCCCCUCCCCCCGCCCCGCCCUGUCUGCUGAGGGCCAUCAACAAGGUGAAGGACACCCCCGGCCUGGGCAAGGUGAAGGUCAUGCUUCGCAUUUGUUCCACACUGGCUCGUGAUACCUCCGAAUCCAGCUCUUUCUUAAAGGUGGAUCCACGGAAGAAGCAAAUCACCUUAUACGAUCCCCUGACAUGUGGAGGUCAAAACGCCUUCCAAAAGAGAGGCAACCAAGUCCCUCCUAAGAUGUUUGCCUUUGAUGCGGUUUUUCCACAAGAUGCCUCUCAGGCUGAAGUGUGUGCUGGAACCGUGGCUGAGGUGAUCCAGUCCGUGGUCAACGGGGCAGAUGGCUGUGUGUUCUGUUUCGGCCACGCCAAGCUGGGGAAAUCCUAUACGAUGAUCGGAAAGGAUGAUUCCAUGCAGAACCUGGGCAUCAUCCCCUGUGCUAUCUCUUGGCUUUUCAAGCUCAUAAAUGAACGGAAAGAAAAGACUGGAGCCCGCUUCUCAGUUCGGAUCUCAGCAGUGGAAGUGUGGGGCAAAGAGGAGAACCUUCGGGACCUGCUGUCCGAGGUGGCCACAGGCAGCCUGCAGGAUGGCCAGUCCCCAGGCGUGUAUCUGUGCGAGGACCCCAUCUGUGGCACGCAGCUGCAGAACCAGAGCGAGCUGCGAGCGCCCACAGCAGAGAAGGCUGCCUUCUUCCUGGACGCGGCCAUAGCCUCCCGCCGGGGCAACCAGCAGGACUGCGACGAAGACGACCACCGCAACUCACACAUGCUCUUCACCCUGCACAUCUACCAGUACCGCAUGGAGAAGAGCGGGAAGGGGGGAAUGUCGGGAGGACGCAGCCGCCUUCACCUCAUUGAUCUUGGUAGCUGUGUGAAAGCUCUUAGCAAAAAUCGGGAAGGAGGGUCAGGUCUGUGCCUCUCACUCUCUGCUCUGGGGAAUGUCAUCCUGGCUCUCGUCAACGGCAGCAAACAUAUCCCAUACAAAGAGAGCAAGCUCACCAUGCUGCUGCGCGAGUCCCUGGGGAACGUGAACUGCCGCACCACCAUGAUCGCUCACAUCUCGGCCGCCGCCGGGAACUACGCAGAGACCCUGUCCACCAUCCAGAUUGCCUCCAGGGUCUUGAGGAUGAAGAAAAAGAAAACAAAGUACACAUCAAGCUCCUCUGGAGGAGAGAGCUCCUGUGAGGAAGGCAGAAUGCGCAGGCCCACCCAGCUGAGACCCUUUCAUGCCAGGGCUGCGGUGGAUUCGGAUUUCCCGAUCCCUCACCUUUCUAGUGACCCCGACUACUCCUCCAGCAGCGAGCAGUCCUGCGACACAGUUAUCUACAUUGGGCCAAAUGGCACGGCCCUCUCUGACAAGGAGCUCACCGACAAUGAGGGCCCCCCAGACUUUGUCCCUAUUGUGCCAGCUCUGCAGAAGACCAGGGGGGACAGCCGGCCUAUGGAGGCUGCGGAGGCAGCAGCCGGCAAGUCAGAAAGGGACUGCUUGAAGUGCAACACGUUUGCCGAGCUGCAGGAGAGGCUGGAUUGCAUCGAUGGCAGUGAGGAGCCCAGUAAGUUUCCGUUUGAAGAGCUGCCUACCCAGUUUGGGGCAGAGCAAGCAAGCAAGUGUCCCCCGUUAAGCCAAGCAGCAGUGGGGGCGAGCCCACUCUGUGAGUCUGACAAGGAAGACAAUGGGUCAGAUGGCCACCUGACUGACAGAGAAGCCACCGAACCCCCGGCCUUCAAGAUGCAGAGGAAUCACUCGCCUGUUCCUGCCGCAGCACUUACCAACAGCCCCACCCCUGCCUCACCAAGGAGCAUCCCGGGCAGCAGCAGCAGCAGCCAGCACAGUUCCCAGCUCGUGCAGAGCCCCAGCCUCCAGAGCAGCCGAGAAAGCCUGAAUUCCUGUGGCUUUGUGGAAGGCAAACCCAGGCCCAUGGGCUCCCCCCGGCUGGGCGUGGCCAGCCUGUCCAAGACCUCAGAGUAUAAGCCUGCCAGCUCUCCUUCCCAGAGAUGCAAGGUCUAUACCCAGAAGGGUGUCCUGCCUUCUCCUGCCCCCCAGCCUCCCCUGAGCAAAGAUUCCAGCACGGUAUCGAGCGAGUCCCUGCUGCAGCCUGAGAUACGUACUCCCCCUGUUGGAAUGAGCCCCCAGGUUUUGAAGAAAUCCAUGUCUGCUGGAAGCGAAGGAUUCCCUGACACCCCUGUGGAGGACGAGCCUCAGGCGGCCACGUCCCCAGAUGCCAAGAAGGAGAUACUGAGCACCACCAUGGUGACUGUGCAGCAGCCCCUAGAGCUGAAUGGGGAGGACGAGCUGGUGUUCACACUGGUGGAGGAGCUGACCAUUAGUGGGGUCCUGGACAGUGGCCGCCCCACCAGCAUCAUCAGCUUCAACAGCGACUGCUCUGUGCAGGCCUUGGCCUCGGGCUCCCGGCCCGUCAGCAUUAUAGGCAGCAUCAGCGAGGACCUGGAGUGCUACUCAAACGUGGCUCCUGUCUCCGAGGUCAGCAUCACACAGUUCUUGCCCCUCCCGAAGCUGACCCUGGACGAGAAGGGCCGGGAGGCGGGGAGCAGGCGUUCUUCUAUCAGCUCUUGGCUGAGUGAGAUGAGCACAGGCAGCGACGGCGAGCAGUCGUGCCACAGCUUCAUAGCCCAGACGUGUUUCGGGCACGGGGAAGCGAUGGCAGACCCCCCGGCCUCAGAGUUUGUUAGCAGUAUCCAGAACACCACCGUGGUGUGCCGAGAGAAGCCCAAGGCUGGCCCUGACAAUUUGCUCAUCUUGUCUGAAAUGGGGGAAGACUCUUUCAACAAAGCAACCCCCAUCAAAGGCUGCAAGAUAUCCACACUGGGCAAAGCCAUGGUCACCAUCUCUAACACUGCAAACCUGAGCAGUUGCGAAGGGUACAUUCCCAUGAAGACCAACAUUACGGUUUAUCCCUGUAUCGCCAUGAGCCCCCGGAAUGUCCCAGAGCCCGAGGCAUCCAUCGCAACCAUCAGCUCAAUCCCUAAAACAGCGCAGGUCCAGGAGAGCAAGGAAACCAGUACAAAGAGAGAGAUGAAAUUUGAGGACCCCUGGCUAAAAAGAGAAGAAGAGGUAAAGAAAGAGAAUGCUUAUUCCGACGAAGAAGGAAUUAGGUAUGAGACUGCGACGGGCUCCCUGAAGCCGGAGGCCAGAGCAGAACAGAAGCAGGACAGGAAGGCCAGCUGCGGGGACAGGCUGAGCAGCAGCAGUGGUGAGGUGUCUGCCUCCCCGGGGACCGACAACUUCAGGAGGGUUGUGGAUGGCUGUGAGAUGGCCCUGCCCAGUUUGGCGGCCCAGAGCCCAGUGCAUCCCACUAGAAACCUGAAGUCCAGCAGCCUUCCCAGGGCCUUCCAGAAAGCCAGCCGACAGGAGGAGCUGGACAGCCUCUUUUACCACUGUACGGCAGAAACCAAUGGCAUCGCCACUGCACUGGGCACCCCGCCCUCCAAGGCAGCCCUGGAGAGGAAGGUGGCAUCACCCAAGCAUUGUGUCCUGGCUCGGCCCAAAGGGACCCCCCCACUGCCCCCUGUCCGAAAGUCCAGCUUAGAUCAGAAGAACCGGGCCAGCCCCCAGCACAGCGCCUGCAGCAGCAGCACCAGCAGCCCCUUGAAUCAACCAGUGUCCUUCUUGGCCAGCUUCCCGGAUGAGUCCUGCAGCAAGAUGAAGGACGCCAAUAGCAGCAGCAAGCUCUUCAGUGCCAAACUAGAGCAACUGGCCAGCAGGACCAACUCUCUUGGCAGGACAACAGUUAGCCACUACGAAUGCCUCUCCCUGGAGAGAGCGGAGAGCCUGUCCUCCAUGAGCUCUCGGAUGCACAACAGCAAGGACAGCACCAUGCCGCGCGCCGGGAGGAGCCUGGGCCGCAGCGCCGGGGCCUCGCCCACGAAUCCGGGCUCCACCCAGUCCACUGGGGCCUCGCCCAAGGCCAGCCAGUCCAAGAUCUCCGCUGUGAGCAAGCUCCUGCUGGCCAGCCCCAAAGCACGCAGCCUGUCCACCUCCACCACCAAAACCCUCAGCUUCUCCACCAAGUCUCUGCCACAGUCGGUGGGCCAGAGCUCCAAUCUGCCCCCCAGCGGGAAGCACAUGUCCUGGUCCACCCAGUCCCUCAGCAGGAGCCGCGGCUCAGGCCUGGCCUCCAAGCUGCCCCUGCGAGCCGUCAAUGGGCGCAUCUCAGAGCUGCUGCAGGGCAGCGCGAGCCCCCGAGGCUUGCAGUUGCGGGCCGGGCCAGAGGUGGAGGAGCGCGGCGGGGGCCCCGCAGAAGACAAGCCUUCCGCCGCGCACCUGCUGCCCUCGCCCUACAGCAAGAUCACGCCCCCGCGGAAGCCGCACCGCUGCAGCAGCGGCCAUGGCAGCGACAACAGCAGCGUGCUGAGCGGGGAGCUCCCGCCCGCCAUGGGGAAGACCGCGCUGUUCUACCACAGCGGCGGCAGCAGCGGUUACGAGAGCAUGAUGAGGGACAGCGAGGCCACCGGCAGCGCGUCCUCUGCGCAGGACUCCAUGAGCGAGAACAGCAGCUCUGUGAGUGGGAGGUGCAGGAGCCUCAAAACCCCAAAGAAACGCUCCAAUUCAGGUUCACAGAGACGGAGGCUUAUCCCAGCUCUGUCGCUCGACACCCCGUCCCCUGUGAGAAAACCCACCAACGGUGCUGGGGUGCGCUGGGUGGAUGGCCCCUUGCGCAACAACCAGAGGGGCCUUGGGGAGCCUUUUGAGAUCAAAGUCUAUGAAAUUGAUGACGUGGAGCGGCUGCAGCGACGAAGAGGAGGCAACAGCAAGGAGGUCAUGUGUUUCAAUGCAAAACUGAAAAUUCUGGAGCAUCGCCAGCAGAGAAUCGCCGAGGUCCGAGCCAAAUAUGAGUGGCUGAUGAAGGAGCUGGAGAUGACCAAACAGUAUCUGAUGCUGGAUCCCAACAAGUGGCUCAGUGAAUUUGACUUGGAGCAGGUUCUGGAGCUGGAUUCCCUGGAGUACCUGGAGGCGCUCGAGUGCGUGACGGAGCGCCUGGAAAACCGCGUCAACUUCUGCAAGGCCCACCUCAUGAUGAUCACCUGCUUUGACAUCACCUCCAGGCGCCGGUGAACAGAGCCCUCACCCUGCCAGGCCCCUCACUCCCGGGACUCCACAGCCAGCCACACGCCGGGCCUUGGUGCUGGCAGCGUCGAAGACAGCGGAAGGAGGAUGAAGGUUCGUGGCAAGUCUGGAGUGAGCGUUGAGUGGAAGGCAAUGUUUUCUUUUGUUUCCCGUAGGAAAGGUGUAACCACAAACAUGCAUGGGAGGAGAAGAUGAUGGGAACCCCAAAGGAUGUGGAAGCCCCCUGAGACUGAAAAAGCACUUUGAGGAAUUUUCAAGAACUUGCUUGUACAUAAGAACUGCUGGCAAAGAGACCUCACUCUUCUCUUGGUUUUGUGAGAAAGGGCAAGGGUGGACGUAGGAUCGCUGUGGAAAGUAAAAUCAAAACCACCACAAAAAAUUACCCAGAAUGACUGAUUAAGUGCCUUGCAAAUCUUUAUUAUUAUCCAAACACUUAUGUUGAUACUUUCUUGUGUACAGAUGGUGCUAGUCAAGUUGUAAACAACAACAAAACCAACAAAAAGGAAAAUCAAACACGUUUUUUGAAAUGUAUUUACAGCUCGUUUUCCUUUGAUGUUUUAUUCUAUUUCUGACUUGCUGUUUCUAAGUAAGUUGUGUUUGUAGACCUAUUUCCUAAUCGGUAUUGCAUAUGAAUAAAUGUUAACUGUCUUUUAUGGUUAUUCUGGUAAGGACACUCAGCAGAACAUAGAGACCACACGGGCACAAGCUAGUGUGUUUCCAAAGAAGGUUGAGCAGGAGAGGCCCCUCGUCACAUGGGCACAGGUGCCCUCAGCGGCCAGACUGGGAAUGUGGGUCAUGAGAGCUGGAGAGGACUGGAGCAGAGGCCGAGAUGGGGCCUUUGUGAUCGGGGUCCUGUCUCACCCAGUGGGUGGGAUGUUUGUUCCUUCUACAGUCUCCCCGCCAAGUCCUGACACACAUGCUUGUUCCUUUACCCACAGGCCCCGGGUUUCUGUGGCCCUCCAAACAUUUUUCACCCUUUUUUAUCAGUUAAUUAAACUUUCUUUCUUAAAUCGUUGUAGUCCCCAAGGUUUUCCUGCCACCGAUGCCCCUGGACCCAUCACCACAUCCCCUUGUGUCCUUCCUCUCCUCUUCUGAUCCCUCCCUCUUCCUCCUCCUUUGCUGUUUGCCUCAGUUCAAAAAAGACAAACUCGUGUAUUUUGUGGAUGAAGCUGGAAUGGAUCAUAUUGGGUUUUAUCACAAAGACUUUGGAUUGAAAGUUUGAGCCAGGUCAGCACAGCCAUAUCUUUUGGCUCUCUUUUUUUGUGAAUUUACUAAAGCAGGGGAUUUGUCCCAAUUUAGAGACCUUCACAGGCUUGUACAUGCAGAGGCCCCAACUAGUGUUGGUGUGGAACAGGAAAGGAUGUUGGUAUUGCAUAAAUUUUUUGUUGUGCAUAGUGCUGCUUAAAUGCAAGACAUUUUCAGUUGUCCCACGUCCCAAAGCCUCCUGGCCAAGAAAACACAUGUGUGUCUCCUCAAUCUUGGCACCUGAAAGCGGAGAAAGCACACCACACACUUCUGGACAGACAGAGCACAGAGUCAAAUGCGUGUGAACAUAUAGGUCUUGACUCCCAGCAGCUCAGUACCUCAUUCACACAUUAAGAUUCUCAUCCCACCACAGCUCCCUUAGAGCUUAUCAGAUCCAUUUUACUGAUGGGAAUGUGAGGCGGGGUGGUGAGGGGGCUGCCUGGUAACACGGUGAGGCAGCCCCCUUGAAGGUCAGGGCCAGGCCCCAGAAGCUUCCCACUGAGGUGCUAAGGCCUUUACUAUUUGGUUUUACCCUCCCAUGCAGCAGAGCUCCAGGAUACUAUUUUCAGUCUCCACUAACCAACUCCUCAGAACCAGCUGCUCCCCAAGGCAAAGAACCUAUACCUUUCCUUGCCAAUGCUCUUCUGAAGCACUGUUGACUAAAGAGCCAGCUAGGCUCAGUAGAACACAGUAGAGGAGCCUAAGUUUGGGGACCAGGGUCAGAACAGCCCUCAGCCCUACAGGGAAGUCAGCUCCAUAGACUGGAAACCAGCUCCGUGGGGGCCAAACCCUGCUUUGCUCCUAAACAGAGGUGCCCAGAGAAGGCAGGCUCGCAUCUGACACCUGAACAGGCUCAAAUGUGGUGAAAGGUUGUCCCUUCUCAUUAACAAGUGUGUCUGCACGUUGUAAAGCAGAGCCUCCCCCAGAUCCUCAACGUUCACCCCAGCAUGCAGGUGGUCCCCUGUGCCUGGGCACGGUCUCAUAGCACUUGGCUGGGUGGGUUUAUUUCAGAGCAACACUGGGGAAGUUUUUGAGCCCCAAAGGAGGCCAGUCUUUUGAGUUUGCAUAUUCCACUUGGCAGCCCUUUUGGUUACUGAUCUGAAAUAUAUCACUUCAUGAAAACCUUAUAUUUGGGAUUGUCAAAGGUGAGUAUUAAUAGUUUUAACUGGAAGUAGAUUCACCUGAUGAGUAUCAGUGUUAUUAGCUUCUGCCCAUGGCACACUUCCGGGAGGCCAGAGGUCACUUACUGGACUGACUGCCAUGGGAGGCCAUUGCUAGGGCCCCGGCACUUUUCCUUGGAGCAAACCUAAGUGGAAACAUCUACAGAGAUUUAAAAUCUCUAUCAGUUGAGUUGCUGUUGGCCAUGGUGUAGAACAACUUGGCAUGGAGACAGCCCUUUUGGCUUUUUCUUCAAAAAAAAAAAAAAAUCCUAAAUAAGCUGAAAACCUCUUAAUGCACCAGGUAUUAAUUAACAUUGUAAAGAAACCAUGAAUUUUAUGUUCUGAUGUGUGUGCUCCUGGUUCUACCUCUGAGUUGACUCAACAGUGAUAAACUUCAGGCACAAAGGAAAGCCAUCUCAUCACUGUGCCGAAGCAGUCAGCCCCAGUAACAAAAAUCUCCCUCCAGGGACCAGGGCUGAGGGCUUUUCAGUUCUCCUCUUGAGUUUGGCCUUGGAUAAGCCAAGAAGGAAAAGGAAUGUCAAAGAACACAUUUCCAUUUCAUUACCAAAAAAAGGACCAGAUAAAUGUUUAUUUGAAAUUGACAUUUAGCCACAUGAGCCUGAUUCCUUGUCUGAAAUCUGUUCCUCUCCAUAUAGUUUAGUGUGAGGUGGAAGCAUUAGCAGCAGAACAAAAUUCAGAUCCAGAAAAGGGCAAUCGUGGUGGUGUUUCCCUGGAGUAAAUCUAUAUUACUUUCAUGAUGGGGUCUCACGCUGCACCAGUGAAAGUUUGCUUUAUCCUGCUCUUCUCAUCCUGGAAUUCCCUGUAUGUCAAGGGAAGCUGUCGAUAGCUUUCAUCUCUUCCAGACUUGCAAUCAGAACACCUUAUCUGUUGUUUCAUCUCCAAUUGCUAUUCUGAACAUGGGAAGCUUGAGAUGCAAAAACAGAUACCAUUGGCGCAGGUGGGGUGUGGCAAGGGAGGCCAAGGUGGGUGGGGAUAGGCCCUGGGCAAAAAGCCAGGCGGCCGGGCACGGGGACCUCAGCAGGCAGACAUCUGGCCUAGUUUGCCAUAAGUUAGCCUCAACCUUGAAGCCCGGGUUCCUGGAAAGUGGUAAUGACUUUGCUGUAGCCACAGAUAUCAUCCAGAGUGAUGGUGCAAAAGGCCCAACACAGGUGCAUCUUGUACUGGUUAUUGCACCUUUGUGUGUGUUAAAUAAGCAGUUUUUCUUUGGGCUUCAGACUCUAAUGCUGAUCAAGAAUUUUGGUUACCCCAAAGGCCCUUAUCAGGCUACUUGAGAGCGGCUGUCUGACCUGGGCUCCUUGGGGCUGCAGGCCAGGCUUGUGAGAACCCGUAGAUGUGCUAACCACAAACUCAGUCGUCUGUGUCAUCUGCCACCAUGGCUCUGUAAUCUGACUUCCAAAAUAACCAUGUAUGGAGUGUUUUUAAGUUCCUUAGACCAAAAAGGAUUGAGAAAUUACUAAAGAUGAGUUCACUUCAAAAUUGAAACCAGAAGAGUUCAUGAAUUUAUUCAUUGUUCUUUCCUGAUGGAAUAUUAGAAGUUCUUUUAGCAUGUUCAAAAAGGCUUCCCCCCUUUUAAAGACAAUAUAUUUUAAACCCCAACACCAUGCUAGUAAGAAACAGGUUGAAAGUCCUGCAGGAGACUAGUUACGCUGAAUACACCGUCAUUCCCCCAUCCCUGCUGCUGCCCAGCUUGCCACGGAGAGGGUCACAUCAGCACUGCCGCACAUCACACCUGCACACAGAAAAGCCAGCCCACUCUUCUCUGUGCCAAAUGAAGCAAAGCCCACUCACUGACACUGUUAAUAUAAUUUUGAGGGGCUUGGUAGAAGGGCAGGUGGCAGAAAUACAGUGUUCGUUUGGAUUAUAAUACCUCUUUCUCCACCUCCAGCAAAUACGUGUCAACAUUUGUGGGUAAAAACUCAAGAGACUAUGUCACUUUGCAAUCUUCCUAACAACAACUCUUAUUUUUCUUAAUUACAAACUGUUUGUAGUUUCCAGAUAAAAGUAUAAUUCCAAUCCUGGAGAGGCUCUUACCACUCAACCUCCUCUUCUCAGAAAAAGUUUUUUUUGAAAACCUUGCAGGUAGUCUGCCCAUCCCUAAACAAACGAUUCUGCUUUGUGGGUGGCCCUACCCAGAACCUGAGGUGAUGUCAUAAUAGGGAAACAGCGGCGCUUGAGGCAGCGUCAACCUCGUUGCAUGUAAUUAAUCUUCUCUAAAUCACAUGUCCUCGGUGCCCACGUGGGGAGGAGUGAGUGCUGAAAUGCUGACACACAGAGAUUUUAUAGAGACACAGAAAUUACCUUUAAAACUAAAAAGGCUCACUGCCUCAUAGCCCACGCUGCUAACCAACAUCUCACGUCAUCAUAAACAAUUUAUGAAGAAGUUAUAUAAUUUGUGUGUAAACUCAGGAUGUUGUUUUAUAGCACUGCUUGUGUUUUAUGGUUUAUGCAUCAUGUUUGGAAGUGCUAUCCAAGUGUUAUGCAUCGAAGUAUAAGUUUAGUGGAUCUGUCUGUGACUCGUUUUCCCCCUCACUCUAGUGAGAUCUGUUUGCAGAGAUGUGGGCCAGGGAGAGGAAAGCUAAAUUAGGAGAAAAGGGGUUAGUGUGGGGUCCUCACAAUACAGUUCAAAAAAUCCAGCUCUUUCUAUAGUAAACAGCUUAAGGGGAAGAAGUACUUUCAUCUUGAAUUUGAUGGUAAUGGGCUUGGAAAUCAGCCUCCACAGGCCUAGGUGAGAGAAGAUCUGGCCUCCUCCUGCUACUUUGACACUGAAUUUCUGGAAAAGUGUGGAUGGUAUCAGGUUCCUACAUUUCCCUACGCCUCCCCACCCAACCACCCCUAGCGCUACUGAAGGGAGUUUGGAAAAGUAAAGUUCCUUACCUUGGAUAUAUAUAUUACCUGUUUUUCCUGGAGAAACCAAAGCACUUUAGUGAGUCUUACAACCCGUAAUACUUAAGGCGUCUUGUCCCCUCACUGGAUCCCUGAGAGUCAGGGAGGGGCUGGGGUCCGUAGUCUCAUUUGAGAGGCAGCUAAACCUAGGAGAAAAAGCCUUGAGGUAGGAGACAGGAAGUGGGUGCCAGGUCUAGUUUCCUAACUAGCUAUGCAACCUUGGGCAAGUCACGUUAUUUUGCUGGGCCUCAGGCUCCCCAGUGGAAGAUUGGGGGUCAUCAUAGCUGCCCUUCUGGCAUAGUGUAAAGAGAAAAUGGUAUAACUGAUGGGGAGUGCUUUGAAGAAAUUAACAUUCUGUAUAGGAGCUGGGGGUCAUCGUUUAUAGAUGAAGAAACUGAAGUCAAUAGUCAGUGAUUGACCCAAGUUCACAGAGUACUUUUUAGCAGACUGGGACUGAGUGCAGCCUCUUGGACUCUCGCCAGGAGGGGCCCUGUGCCGGGUAUGUGUAUAUGCUGUGUACUGAUGCGUGUGCACAGGACGCAGACAGAUGCGUGUGUUCAGAAGGCCGGGGCAGUGCUGGAAGAGCAAGGACAGAUGGCCUGAGUCCAGCUUCAGUUCUGACAGUCGUCCUAUGGCCUGGGAGAUAUUCCCUAACUUCUCUGGAACUUGGUUUUCUGAUCUGUAAAAUGAGGACAUGUGCUGAAUGAUCUUUGUGGUUUCCUCAGCUCUCGUAGUGUAUGUAUGUAUAUAAUAAAUGCUUAUCUGUAGAAAUGAGCCCAUUUGAAAGAUAAAGACAAGGCCUGCUCAAGUGCAUUUAUUGUGUCAGAAACAGCAACUUCACAAACAAGUUCUUAAAAUCUUGUUUUUUGGAAGUCCAUGGUAGUAUUCAAUGCCAUUGUUUUAAACGCAUUGUUUUACUGGGUGCCAUUUAAAAAAAUUAAGUUCUAGCUUACAAGUGUUUCCUAAUAUUUUUUUUUUUUUAAUAAAGUUCACUUGUUAAAGUCAGAAAUUGAACGAUUCUGUACUUGGGCAGGUCCCAGCAGCCUCGUUACAAACAGGCUGGUUUGUGUGUAUGGGCCUUUACAUAGCUAUAUCAAAGUUAGCUCUUGGCUUGAUCAUGGUAAAUAUGAGCAGGCUACCUGGAGAACCAUCCAGAAAAGAAAGUUAUAGUUCUCACAAACUGGUGACAUGAAUCCAUUACGCUGUGUGUCAUUUCCAGUGUGAAGACAUUGUUUGCUGGCUACGAUCUCUGACUUUUUGUGGCAUAUGAGGUGUAAAAUGUUGUCAAAAAAGAAUCUGGUGUUUAAAAAGAAUCAAACUCUGGUGGCAUUAAAU